GGUGAAGAAGUGGGAAGUACCUCACUGAAAUACUGAAAAAACCCUAUUUCUGUGACUUUGCUCUUUUGGGACUGCAGAAUGGAGGCCUUGUGUUUAAGAGUUUCCUUGCUGCUGCUGGUUCCAGGACUUGUCCUCAGUGACAGCUUUGACAGAUACGCUACCAAUUGGAGUGACUUGGGAAACCACCUCUCCACUUUCUCCGGGAUGGAAUCCAGCAUACUCCUGACCACCAGACAGCCCCUGUUGUCCAACCAAACUGUCAAAUGCUCCCAGCAGACCAAGAUUGCCGAAACUUUUAAAUACAUUAACACGGUGGUAUCUUGUGCUAUUUUCAUCGUUGGAAUGGUUGGGAAUGCAACUCUCCUGAGGAUCAUUUACCAGAACAAGUGUAUGAGGAAUGGCCCGAAUGCACUGAUAGCCAGUUUGGCACUAGGAGACCUUAUCUAUAUUGUAAUUGAUAUCCCUAUCAUUGUGUACAAGCUUCUUGCUCAGAAGUGGCCUUUUGGAGAUUCUGAAUUUGGACAGUUUCUUUGCAAAUUCCUUCCCUUCAUACAGAAGGCAUCGGUGGGAAUCACAGUCCUUAAUCUCUGUGCCCUUAGUGUGGACAGGUAUAGAGCAGUUGCCUCCUGGAGCCGUGUUCAGGGAAUUGGAAUCCCUAUGAUCACUGCUAUCGAAAUUUUCUCCAUUUGGCUUCUGUCCUUUAUACUGGCUAUCCCAGAAGCCAUUGGUUUUGCUGUGGUACCUUUCAGAUACAAGGAUGAAGGUUAUGUUACCUGCAUGCUCAAUCCUACAAAUAAUUUUAUGUUGUUUUACAAAGAUGCAAAGGAUUGGUGGCUGUUUGGUUUCUAUUUCUGCAUGCCACUGGCGUGUACUGCCAUCUUUUAUACGCUAAUGACUUGUGAAAUGUUAAACAGAAGAAACAGCAACUUGAGAAUUGCUCUCAGUGAACACCUUAAGCAGCGCCGAGAAGUUGCAAAGACGGUUUUCUGUUUAGUAGUGAUUUUUGCUCUUUGCUGGUUCCCUCUUCACUUGAGCCGAAUUUUGAAGAAAAUGGUAUACAACGAAAGGGACCCCAGCAGAUGUGAACUGCUCAGUUUCUUGCUGCCAUUGGAUUAUAUCAGCAUCAACUUGGCGACCAUGAACUCUUGUAUAAACCCAAUAGCUCUGUAUUUUGUGAGCAAGAAGUUUAAAAACUGUUUUCAGUCAUGUCUUUGCUGUUGCUGCUCCCGAUCUAAGGGUCUAGUGACUUCAGUGCCCAUGAACGGAACAAGCAUUCAGUGGAAAAAUCAAGAACUAAACAAUCACAAUACAGAUCGAAGCAGCCAUAAAGACAGCAUAAACUGA